AUGUCCGGCAACAACAACAAACCCGGCGCCUACGGCGGCGGCUCCGCCUCGGACACAUCCUUCCGCAAGACGUGGGACCGGGCAGAAUACGCAGCAAAGGCAGCCGAGCACGAGGCGCAUCGCCGAGAAGAGGGCAAGGCGCGGCACGAGGCGGCGGCGGCGGGCAAGAAGUACGUGCGGCGGGCGUCGACGCCGCCGGACGCGCGGGCGACGGAGGCGCGGCGGUCGCGGCUCGACGUCGGCGCCAUGGUGGGCAAGACGGUGCUGGUCCCCGCGGGCAGCGCCGUCGGCAAGCGCGGCCGCGGCGCCGGCUUCUACUGCGAGGCGUGCGACCUCACGUUUAAAGAUAACCUGCAGUUCGUCGAGCAUCUUAAUAGUAAGCAGCAUCUCGUGGCGACGGGGCAGACGGGCGAGGUGAGGAGGGCGACGGUGGGCGAGGUGCGGGAGAGGUUGGCGUGGUUGAAGAGGCGGAGGGAGGAGGAUAAGAAGGAGGAGGUGGUGGAUUUGGGGGAGAGGCUGGAGGUGGCGCGCGAGAGGGAGGAGAGGGAGCGCGAGGAGAAGAGGCGGAAGAGGAAUGAGAAGAGGAGGAAGACGAAGGGCGGCGUCGGCGUCAAGGAGGAGUACGACCCGAGCGAGGGGAUCAUUGCUUGA